AUAAUAAGUAGGACAUUUAAGAACCGCGAUUAGGGAACCUCCUAAACACAAACAGCAGGAAUAUGCUUAGGCCUGUCUUUUAGAUUUAAAAGAAACGCAGGCGUGCCGGUAAAGCUUCGUUCUUAUAUAAGAGACAACGUAUAACCAUUCUAAAGAACCGGAAGACGGUCAAUCGGAUUACGAGAUGGCGGAUCAGGAACGGGAUGUAAGAGAUAGAGAAAUUGUUCCCCAAAAUUGCCGAGUUGUCCGUCUGCUUCUUCUCUCCACAUCAAUCAUGGGAGAUCACAGCAGCAAAAACGCCAAAAACCUACGCCGGAACCUUCUUCAGACCUGGACAUACAUAACAGAAGAUCUUGUUACUAAUGAAUACUAUGCGUGGCUUCUCAAGGAGCUAACCAAUAGACCGGCGAUCAAGCCAGCGUGGAUGAGUUCCACAACCCAUCUCCUCGCAACUUCUACAGCUGUAUCAUUUAUUGCUGUUACCGACCGAUCCGAAGUACUGCAUAACCCCGCAAUCAUUUCUUUGACAACUAACCAUCAGAAGCACGACGAUGCCAGCUCUGUGAGUCCUAGCUGUUCUUAAGAAAGCAAAAAGUACUUAUAGGAAGUACUUUUCCUUAAUUUUGAUUUUUUUUUAGAAGGAUAAGUGAG